AUGGCUAAAUCUAAGCGCAUUGUGGCUGCUUUGGCCUACCUCAGCAUCGUUGCCGUCAGCGCUAGCCCAUGCAAGCCGCAUACUACGACUGAUAACACUGAGACAACUUCUUCUAUCACCUACCAAUCAACUGUAUUAGGAUCUGUUACCAUACUACCAUCUGUUACUGAGACUAGUACCUUGAUUGUCAGCUCUGAGACUGAAUUGGCCACGGACUCUACCGAUACCACUACUACCGCCGUCGGGACUUCUACGACUGGGUUCUCUUCAACAAUUGAGACAACAACUAACGCUGCAGCCACCACGUCUUCCGCUGCUCCUGAGAUCUUUUGUGCCAACCAAAUCUAUCGUGGCAAUGCUUUAAGCCGUGGUUACACAACAACUCAAGCCACCAGUGAGCAGGAAUGCUGGGAGAACUGUGUUGAUGAUGAGAACUGCAACUCGUGGUUCUACCUUACAGCAGGAGCUUGCAACCUCUACACAGAGACCUUGCACCAGUUCAGUGCUCCCUCUAAUGAGGAGGGUCUCUUGAUUGGAUCCCGCAACUGCUCUCCUCGAGACUAUCAAGAGUGCAACGGCAACAUAGGCUUUGGUUGGAUUGAUAAAGAGCCCGAUGAGCAUAACAGCAAUGUCGUACUCGAAGCCGACUGUGCCCAUAUUUGCAUGAAGAACGGCCUCUGCGAUGUUUGGCAAUACGACAGUCUCUCCCAGACCUGCAACAUGUUUUCCGGCUCCUUUUCAGAUAUGGUCACUUUGGACUCUGACGGUACAGCAUCGGGCAGAAAGAUGCUCAUCGGUGCGCGAAGCUGCUCUUCCGACUUCUUCAAACCUGUGCUUGGGGCAUGUAAUGGUCAAAUGGCGUGGAACAACAAUUGGCCACAAGCUUACAGAUCUUUCGACCAGUACAAGACCGUUGCGACGUGUGCAAGAGCCUGCUCGAUCGACCCAAUGUGCUUAUCCUGGUAUGUUUGGGAUGGACAAGGUGAUUGUGAGUUUUCGCAGCUUACUCUCUGGUCUGAUCCAACGGAUAUCGCUACGGCAGGUUCACGAAACUGUGGUGUUCCUUAA